AUGUUCUCAUCCACAAGACUAUGGUUCCGGCAACUGCAAGCCCUGAUAAGGAAAAUCUUCCUGAUUGCACUCGUCAAGCACUGGCUCUCAACACUCCUCCGAGCUCUCCUAAUCCCCGUCCUGAUUCUCGUUCUAGUCCUCCAAAUCCAGAACUUCACAGGCGAUGGAAGCAGGUAUGGCGUUGGAGAGCCAUCUCCCAUCCCAAGCCUUGCUGAGACUGUUCCGUCUGGAACAAAACUUGUUUUUGUGCAGGGUUCGAACGCGGGGUCUGAUGUUGGUGGUGUUAUUACCAAGAUUAAAGAUGGGCUGAAGGGGACUGUUGAAGUCGCUGAUAGUGAAGCUGAUUUACGAAAACGAUGUCCCACGAGUUUAAGCGGUGUAACGAAUUGUUACGCUGCUGUUAUUUUCAACGAUUCACCUCUUAGCAAAGCGGGUAACAAGACGUGGAGUUACACCAUCAGGGUUAGUUCAGCACGAGCAUCAACCAAAUUCGACAUCACGACGCCUUCCAAGAACCACUACGCACCGCUCCAACUCGCCGUCGAAAACGCCAUCACGAACUCAACCACGACUCCGAAUAAUUACAUGUUUACACGGAUAACACAAGAUCAAGCUGCUGAGAUAAAGCGUCGUAACUUUGCGGCGACUAUGGUCGGCGGUUUUGGAAUCGUGUGUUUCCUGAGUAUGAUUUCGUCGGUGUUUCAUAUCAUCGGCAUGAUAUCGACUGAGAGAGAGGCGGGUAUGGCGCAGUUGAUUGAUGUGAUGACCGGUGGUGCUGCGUCGGCGAGGGUGUUGAGUUAUCUUGUUGCUUUUAAUAUCAUCUACCUACCUAGUUGGAUCAUCUUUGGAGCUUCCCUCCUUGUCCCAACCUCGAACGCCGGUAUCGCCAUCCUCUGGCAGAUCCUCUCGGGGCUAUCCCUCACAAGCAUGAGUGUCUUUGCAGCCACCAUCAACAUCCGAUAUACCGCCAUCUCCAUGGUCAUCGUCCUAAUGCUCCUCGCCACCCUCUGCGAAAUCCUCGACUCGAAACCCGAAAACGUCCCAGCGCUUAUCGUCCUAAUACUAUCUGCCAUCUUCCCAAGUUCGAAUUACAUCUUCUUCCUGAACCAACUCUGCCGAAACGAGGCCCAAGGUCUCGCAACGAAUAUAUCGAAACCCGCUCCCCAUCAACCUCGCAUAUACGAAGUUACAGUAUCUUUGUUAUGGGGGCUGCUCCUCUUCACCAUAGUGUUCUACCCCCUGUUAGCUAUUCUUAUUGAGAAGUGGUCUCAUGGUGUUAGCAACAAGGGUAGAAAGUUCUCAAGCGCCAACGCGACCGAUAAUCCAACGGCUCUUGAGAUCGUGGACCUCACAAAAACAUAUAAACCUUCGCUUUGGAGACGAUGCUGCCGAAGAGCUCGCCCCACGAUAGCUGUCAACUCACUUAGCUUUUCCAUGCAGAGGAAGCAAGUCUUGUGUCUUCUUGGUAUUAAUGGUUCUGGCAAGACAACAACACUAGGUUUGAUUGCUGGUACACAAAAGCUCACAAGUGGCUCGAUAAAUGUCAAUGCCCCUCGCUCAAACCUUGGCAUCUGCCCUCAACGCAACAUCCACUGGCCAGAGCUCUCGGUACUCGAACACGGUAGACUUUGGGCCAUGAUAAAAGGUGGAGCAACAGAUCUCCAAUCUCUAGACACCCUCGUCGAAUCCUGCGACCUCUCUCUAAAGAAGCACAGUCCUGUCGGUACACUCAGCGGAGGUCAGAUGAGAAAGGUCCAAAUGCUAUGUAUGUUAGCAGGCGGUAGUUCAAUCUGCCUCAUGGACGAAGUAACCACCGGUAUGGACCCUGUCUCUCGAAGAGCAAUGUGGAACAUCAUCCUUGCCGAACGUCAGAAGCGAAGCCUUGUCCUCACGACCCAUUUUCUCGAUGAAUGCGAAGUUUUAGCCGAUCAAGUCGUCAUUGUAUCGCACGGCCACGUCAAGUGUCAGGGUUCAACUGCAGCACUGAAGAAUCUUCACGGAGGAGGUUAUCGCGUACAUUUACCCGGCGUUCAGAAUCCGCCGGAUACACCGUAUGCCACGACUGUGCACCAAGGGCAGACUGUGUUUAACAUUCCCGAUUCGACAUCUGCUGCAACGCUUUUGACGUCUCUACAAGCAGCAGGGUACUCUGACACGUCAUUGAGUGGACCUACCAUGGAAGAUGUCUUCCUCAAGGUUGCCGAUGAAGGUGAGGACGACGAUGUGGGAACUUCUGACUGGAGUCCUUUUCUUGAAGGGAACGAAACACUGAACAGUCAGCUCAGUUCAGGGACGCAAGCUUCGUUCCUCCAACAACUCUCAGCUCUCCUCCUCAAGCGUCUUUUAGUUUUGAAGAGAGGCUUCUGGUGGUAUAUUCUCGCUUUAGCGAUUCCACUAAUCUUCACACCCGUCUUCAGCGCCAUGGCCAACGAUCCCACUCCCUUCCAACCAACGCCCUGCGUAUCAACCGACUCAUCCAUUCUCGACGAGCCAUGGCCCAUAGCUCUUCGCCCGAACGGCUACUAUGAUCUCGCAGGUUCCGAUAAUAUCACCAUGCUCGUUGGCCCAAACACUCUCAACAAGACUUUCUUUCGCUCAUUGUCAAAGUAUCCUAUCGGGAAGGAGUACGACAUGAAGGACUACCAAGAACAGUUCCAGUUUCAAGAUGACUAUGAUGCUUUCUUGAAGCAAAUUCGUGAUAAGCCGAGACAACUUGUACCCGGAGCGCUGUACAUAGAUGGGAAGGAUAAAGAUACGCUUGCGUAUAACGCCGAGCAUGGGGCUGAUGGAUCGAUGUUGAUGCUGAAUAUGUGGAGUCAGCUGAAGAGUGAAACUCCAAUUUCUCUUUCUUUUGCAUACUUCAGCUCUUCGAUACCGUCUGACCCUGGCCCUGGCAUGUUUCUCGCUAUCUUACUCACCGUCCUGCAUGUCCUCUACCCGGCCUUCUUCGCUCUAUACCCUGCGUACGAACGACUUCGAAAGAUUCGAACCCUACAAUACUCCAACUCGAUCCAACCUCUUGCCCUAUGGACAUCCCACAUCAUCGUCGACAUAGUCUUUGUUAUUCUCAUCUCCUGCCUAUCAACCUUAUUUAUCUCUUUGAUUAUUCUCAAGUGGUACGGCGCUUGGCAUCUCUUCCCUGUUAUGCUUCUGUACGGCUUUGCAAUGAUGCUCUGGUGUUAUAUAAUCUCCCUAUUUGCUCGGUCAGAACUCUCGUCUUUUGGCAUAUCAUUCUGUGUUUCGCUUUUGAUGUUUGGUAUCUCCGUCGCAGGACUCAUGAUUGCCUCUGUCAACCAAAACCCAGGCAAUAGAUCUUCAUCCAUGGACACAUCGGUGUUCAUUCUUGGUCUUAUCUUCCCUGUCGCCAACCUCUUCCGCGCCAUGGUCGUCGGCCUCAACGUCUGGGCCGCAGGAUGUCGUGGUGAUGCAGUGAUAAGCUAUCCCGGCAACAUCCAUGCCUACGGCGGCCCGGUUCUUCUCCUCUGCAUUCAAGUCGCAUAUUUGUUUGCUAUUUUGUUGCUACUUGACGGAAGAACAUGGACUCUCCGAACUUUGUGGGCAGAGCAUGUCGUGCCGCUGUAUCAGAGGAGGAGGAUCAGCGGGAAGGAUGCUCACAUUGAGAUGGCGCCGAUGACAAAGUCUCGAGGCAUGACUGGGAACCUGGUCGAUGUUGAUCAGAUUUAUAAGUCAUUUUGUGGUAAUGUUGCUGUUGAUGGUGUAUCGCUCACUAUGGCGAAGGGCGAGUUAUUGGCGCUUCUUGGGCCAAAUGGAGCCGGCAAGACGACUACUAUCAAUAUGAUGCGAGGUGAAGUUCGCCCAGAUUACGGCAACAUCUACAUCAAGGGCGUGGAUAUGCAGAAGGAUACUCGAGCAGGGCGACAGAGCAUUGGCUAUUGCCCACAGUUUGACGCCUUGGAUCAAAUCACUGUCCGCCAACAGCUCGCUUUUUACGCUCGCGUCAAGGGUAUCGCAGAUGUUCAGAGGAACGUCAACUUGGUCAUGUCCAAGGUUGGAUUGAGGCCUCACGCCGAUAAGCUGACAUCUCGGUUAUCUGGCGGGAACAAGCGAAAGUUGAGUCUGGCUAUUGCGUUGCUAGGCAACCCGCCAAUCCUCAUCCUGGAUGAACCGAGUUCAGCGAUGGACCCUAUAGCUAAGCGCGACAUGUGGGCUAUGCUAUCCGGCAUUUCAUCAAGCCGCUCAGUUCUAUUGACGACACACUCGAUGGAAGAAGCAGAUAUGCUAGCAACACGCGUCGCAAUCCUUUCAAAACGCAUCCUCGCCGCUGGCACAAUCCAGGAACUCCGCAACAGACACAGCAACUCCUACGAGGUACACUUGGUACUAGAAUCAGCACCAUCCUCUGACCAGAUGGAAAUGCAAAAGGUCGAAGCAUGGAUUCGCAAGACGUUUCCAGGUGCUAACUUUAGAGGGUUGAGUCUGGGCGGACAAUUCCGUUUCAGUAUACCGGCUAAUAGCACUGCCGAUGAGGCCUUUGCUGCGUCGCAGAAUAGAAAGGGCCAGGUUGUUGAGGUGAUUGAGACUUUGGAGCACCAUAAGAAGAGUAUGGGUGUUGCGCAUUAUACUGUUAGUAUGGGGACUUUGGAGAUGAUAUUCUUGAAGAUUAUCGAGGACUAUAUUUUGUAUUAG